CUGCACCUCGAAUAAAGCGACCACAACCUCUCCUUGAUUUCUUAAACAUAUUAAUAAAACAAUAUAAAUCAUUUUUCUUUGUUGCUGCUGCUUUACUGGGUCACUUUAUUCUUUUUCAAGCUCUUGCAUUUGUUUUUGUUUUGGGUGGAGAAGAAAGAUGGACCAUGCAGCAGAUGCUCACAGGACAGAUUUGAUGACCAUAACACGUUACGUGUUGAACGAACAAUCCAAGUAUCCCGAGUCUCGUGGGGAUUUCACCAUCUUGCUUAGCCACAUCGUUCUUGGUUGCAAGUUUGUCUGCACUGCUGUUAACAAGGCUGGCCUUGCCAAACUCAUUGGACUCGCCGGGGAGACGAAUGUUCAGGGUGAAGAGCAAAAGAAACUGGAUGUGCUUUCAAAUGAAGUUUUUGUCAAGGCUUUAGUAAGCAGUGGCAAAACGUGCAUCCUUGUAUCCGAAGAAGAUGAAGAGGCAACUUUUGUGGAGCCCUCAAAGCGUGGGAGGUACUGUGUUGUUUUCGAUCCACUGGAUGGCUCCUCUAACAUUGACUGUGGAGUAUCAAUUGGAACAAUUUUUGGGAUUUACAUGAUGAAAGAUAGCCAUGAACCAACUCUGGAUGAUGUACUGCAACCGGGGAAACAAAUGCUGGCAGCUGGCUAUUGCAUGUAUGGAAGCUCUUGCACGCUUGUUUUGAGCACCGGCGAAGGAGUUAAUGGUUUCACCCUUGAUCCAUCUCUUGGAGAGUUCAUACUUACUCACCCUGAUAUCAAGAUUCCAAAGAAGGGGAAGAUCUAUUCAGUCAAUGAAGGAAAUGCUAAGUACUGGGAUGGUCCAACGGCCAAGUAUGUGGAAAAAUGCAAAUUCCCAAAGGACGGGUCCCCUUCCAAGUCUCUGAGAUACAUUGGAAGCAUGGUAGCUGAUGUCCAUCGUACAUUACUGUAUGGAGGCAUCUUUUUGUACCCUGCAGAUAAGAAGAGCCCCAAUGGAAAAUUACGUGUUCUCUAUGAGGUGUUUCCGAUGUCGUUCUUGAUGGAGCAAGCUGGAGGUCAGGCGUUCACUGGAAAACUAAGGGCACUUGACUUGGUGCCAACAAAGAUACAUGAGAGGUCUCCUAUAUUUCUUGGCAGCUUUGAUGAUGUUGAAGAAAUCAAAGCUCUCUAUGCUGCUGAAGGGAAAGAGGAAUGAAUAAAUGUACAAAUUCUCAUCUAACACAGUCCACUUACGUUAUAUAUACCUUUAUUUGGCUUAAGUU